AUGAAGCAGGCCGCGCCGCGCCUGGUGUGCCUCCUGGCGCUGUGCCUCUCCGCGCCCGGGGCCCACGGCGCCCGCGUGAAGCCCGCGAAGGCGGUGCCCGCAGGCGCCUCCCUGAGGGCGCCGAGGGCGGCGCUCGUCGCCCCGCGCCCCGCGCUGUACAAGAACGACUGCUUCAAGAAGAGGCCCGUCUUCCUGGCCGAAGGAGCCGGCUCGAACGCCUCAGCGUCCAUGGUCCCUGGCGCCGGGAUGGAGCCCGGCUCCAUCGAGCCUUACCAGGUGGUCCUCAAGGCCCGCCGGGCUUCUCGGGCGUGGCGCUGGGCUUCUCGGGCGUGGGCGCGUUGGUCCGCUGACCGUGCCGUGGCCAAGCGCGUGGAGGAGUUGCAGGCCGUCCGCGGGCAGUUGGCAGCGGCGGAAGCGGCCCUGGACUACAUCGUGGGGGAUGCGGAGGUGGCACAGCGUCUCCGCGCACUUCUGCCUGCCUUCGCGGCCACGCUUCGCGGGGUGGAGCUCACCUGGCUGGACAAGCUGCGGCGCAAUGUUGCGCUCCACGCCGAGGCCCUCGAGAUCGACGCGGCGAUGGCAGGCGCUCGCGAGCCCCGCCGAGCGCAGCGUGGGCCUCGCCUCGAGGCACGGCGCGCGGGAGUCGGCCGCGCCCCCGCCAGCCUCUCUGCGGAUGCGGCGGAGUUCGUCCCUGGCACUUGGGAGGCGCUGCCCCUGGGGCCCUCUUUCCACGUCGUGCAGGACGACUCCCUGUGCUGGGGAGGUGGAGCCGAGCUACCUGCGCCGCCGCCUCCCGUGGUCUGCGAAUGGUCUCCUGCGGGCCUGCCGCUGGACCCUGGGGAGGGCCGCCUUUUCAGUAUCGAUGCAGCCUCUUUGGCGUCGUCAGGUGGAGUGGAUAGUUUCGCGCCGUCGAGGUUCUUCUUCGAUCCUGCUGACGACGCCGACGACGACCCGCUCAGCGACUACGACCUCAGAGGCUUCGCAUUCUGA